AUGCCGGGGCCCCGCGCGGACGAGGGCGGCGGCGGCGGGGCGGAGGCCGCGGGGCCGGCGCGGGAGCCGGCGCGCCUGUGCGGCUACCUGCAGAAGCUGUCGGGCAAGGGCCCGCUGCGCGGCUACCGCAGCCGCUGGUUCGUGUUCGACGCGCGGCGCUGCUGCCUCUACUACUUCAAGAGCCCGCAGGACGCGCUGCCGCUCGGCCGCCUGGACAUCGCCGGCGCCUGCUUCAGCUACGACGGCCCCGACGAGGCGGCCGAGCCCGGCGCCGAGCCGCCCGCGCACUUCCAGGUGCACAGCGCGGGCGCCGUCACGGUGCUCAAGGCUCCCAACCGCCAGCUGAUGACCUACUGGCUGCAGGAGCUGCAGCAGAAGCGCUGGGAGUACUGCAACGGCCUGGACAUGGUCCAGGGGGCCGGCCGCACCUCGCCCACCCCGGGGGACGGCUCCCAGGGCCUCGUGGCCAGGGGCGCCCCAGACUUCCUGUACCCGCACCCCAACGCCUCCGCCGAGAAAGCCCGGACCGUCCUCGCCGCGGACGCGGCCCCCGGAGAGCUGGUGGGGGAGCAGGCCGCCAGCCAGCCCGCCCCGGGGCCCCCCAACUCCAUCAACUUCUCUCUGAGGCAGUGGGGCGCCGAGCUCAGGAAUUCCAUGUCCUCCUUCCGGCCGGGAAGGGGCCAGGACAGCCGGAAGAGCGUGUUCUACACACACGAGGAGUGGGAGCUGCUGGACCCUAGCCCCAAGGACCUGGAGGAGUCGGCGUCGCAGGAGGAGCGGCGGAGGCAGGCGCCGGAGGGAGGCAGAGGCAGUGCCGGCUCGGGGUUCCUCUUCGACCUGGGCCGUGUCCCCUACAAAGGCAGGCGCCCCCUGAGGGACAUGAUCGGGUCGUACAAGAGCCGCCACAGCAGCGGGGACCCGGCCCCCGAGGGGGCGCCGGGCGCGGGGGGCACCAGCCGGGCCUCGGACCCGGACUGGCAGCAGCAGGUGCAGAGCCAGCAGGAGGAGCUGCAGCAGCUGCGCAAGGAGCUGUCCAGCCAGAAGGAGCUGGUGCGGCUGCUGCAGCAGACGGUGCGCUCCUCGCAGUACGACAAGUACUUCGCCGGCAGCCGGCUGUGCGACGGGGCCGCCCAGGACACGCUGGCGCUGCUGCACCAGAAGGACGAGCAGAUCCUGGGCCUGACCCGGCAGCUGGACCGGCUGGGCCUGGAGAAGGAGAGCCUGCAGCAGGAGGUGCGCACGCUCAAGGCCAAGGUGGGCGAGCUGAGCGAGCAGCUGGGCAUGCUCAUGGAGACCAUCCGGGCCAAGGACGAGGUCAUCAUCAAGCUGUCGCAGCAGCUCAGCGAGGGCGAGGGCCGCGCCGCCUCCCCCGACCCACCGCCCGGCUCCCCCUCUGCCGGCCGGGACCAGCAGGAGCUGGACAGGCUGAAGGAUAACCUGCAGGGGUACAAGACCCAAAACAAGUUUCUCAACAAGGAAAUCUUGGAGCUGUCAGCGCUACGGAGAAAUGCGGAGAGGAGGGAGAGGGACCUGAUGGCCAAGUAUGCCAGCCUGGAGGCCAAGCUGUGCCAGGUGGAGAGCAAGUACCUGAUCCUCCUGCAAGAGCUGCAGACGCCCGUGUGCGCCGAGGAGCAGGGCCCCGCCCGAGAGGUCAUCACCCAGCUGCUGGCCGACGCGCUGCAGGUGGAGGGCCCCGAGCAGCCGGAGCAGGCGCUGCUGAAGCCACGGCUCGUCAGCGAGUACGACAUCUACGGGUUCCGGACGGUGCCCGAGGACGACGAGGAGGAGCGGCUGGUGGCCAGGGUGCGGGCGCUGGACCUGCGGGGCCUGUCGCUGGCGGAGACCCAGGAGGCGUCCACGGGCGUCAAGUGGGAGAACUACCUGGCGGGCACCGUGACGCGGGAGAUGGUGCGCUCCCCGGAGCUGAAGGCGCUGGUGCGCGCGGGCGUGCCGCACGAGCACCGCUCCAAGGUGUGGCGCUGGUGCGUGGACCUGCACACGCGCAAGCUGCGCGAGGGCGCGGCGCCCGGCUACUUCGCGGCGCUGCUGCGCGCGGCGCUGGAGAAGCAGAACCCGGCCUCGCAGCAGAUCGAGCUGGACCUGCUGCGCACGCUGCCCACCAACCGCCACUACGCCGGGCCCGCCUCCGACGGCAUCCCGCCGCUGCGCAACGUGCUGCUGGCCUUCUCCUGGCGCAACCCCGACAUCGGCUACUGCCAGGGCCUCAACAGGCUGGCGGCCGUGGCCCUGCUGUACCUGGAGCAGGAGGACGCCUUCUGGUGCCUGGUGGCCAUCGUGGAGGUGUUCAUGCCGCGGGACUACUACACCAAGACCCUGCUGGGCUCCCAGGUGGACCAGCGCGUGUUCCGGGACCUGCUGAGCGAGAAGCUGCCGCGGCUGCACGCGCACCUGGAGCAGCACCGCGUGGACUGCGCGCUCAUCACCUUCAACUGGUUCCUGGUGGUCUUCGUGGACAGCGUGGCCAGCGACGUGCUCUUCCGCAUCUGGGACGCCUUCCUGUACGAGGGCCCCAAGGUCAUCUUCCGCUUCGCGCUCGCGCUGCUCAAGUUCCGGGAGGAGGAGAUCCUCCGGCUGCAGGACUCCACGUCCAUCUUCCAGUACCUGCGCUCCUUCACCCGCUCCAUCCUGGACGCCCGGAAGCUGGUCGCCAUCGCCUUCGGGGACCUGAACCCCUUCCCGCUGCGCCAGAUCCGCAACCGGCGCGCCUUCCACCUGGAGAAGGUGCGGCAGGAGCUGUCGGAGCUGGAGGCCAUCCGCCUGCACUUCCUGCGCGAGCGCGACGCCGCCGCAAGGCCCGACAAGGGCGCGCUGGUCAGCGACGAGGAGGACACCUGA